GCCUCCAAAGCCAAAGCCUGCUACAGCUCCUGUUAUCAAGAAAUCUCCUCUAAAGUCUCUCCACUCAAGACUUUUCAAAGGCUUACACCUACUGCUUCACAAAAGUCGACCAAAGGCUCGAGUAUCUUCAAAUUAAAAUCGCAGAGCAUCAAAGUCAAAAAGGAUGAAGGUCUUCCAGAAAUAAUCAAGGCUAAAAAGCCCGUGAACAAGCAAAAUUCGGCUGGAAUGCUUGAUUUGCAGAUUACUCCAAAGAAGAGCCGCCACGGUGACCAGACACAGCCAAAGAAACAAUCGGAUGCUAUUCUUCAGAAACAAAGCAUUAUAAACAUUGAACUGAUUAGUGGGGCUCCGCGUUCUAUGGAAAGC